UUCUCAUGCAAGCAGUACACAAUAAGUAUCAUACCUCCCUCCUAACCUAAAUCACAAUUUCCUCACUCUUUCACUACAACUCUUACGAUCUUCUUCUCCAAGAUCCACUUUACUUUAUCAACAUGGUUCCCAAACCCAUAAUAAUAUUAACAACUAAACAACCACCCACAAUUCCUAUCCCUCAAUUUAACAUAGCAUUCGUCAGAACCCAAGAAAAACCCCAAACAUCACAACCUCAUGAGACACUAAGAACCGGUUCCCCUGCAAAAACAAAAACUCUUCUCACCUCCCAAAAACACAAAAACACAAACAAAAGACUACAAACAUCAUCAAUAUCAGCACUAAUACUCAACACACUCGAUGACAUUAUCAACACCUUCAUAGACCCACCAAUAAAACCAUCCGUAGAUCCAAGACAUGUUUUGUCCCAAAACUUUGCACCAGUCCUAGACGAACUCCCUCCAACACAAUGUGUAAUCAUCAAAGGUACACUCCCGCCGUCACUUUACGGUGCUUACAUAAGAAACGGACCAAACCCACAGUUCCUUCCACGUGGACCCUACCAUCUCUUUGACGGUGACGGCAUGCUUCAUGCCAUUACAAUCUCAAACGGGAAAGCCACACUAUGUAGCCGUUAUGUAAAAACCUACAAGUACAAAAUUGAAAACAAAGCUGGUCACCAACUUAUCCCAAACGUGUUUUCUGGUUUCAACUCGCUUAUUGCUUUAGCGGCACGUGGAUCCGUGGUUGUAGCACGGGUGUUAACCGGUCAGUAUAACCCAUCUAACGGCAUUGGAUUGGUCAACACAAGUUUAGCUCUGUUUGGUAACCGUCUUUUUGCUUUAGGAGAAUCAGAUCUUCCUUAUGAAGUCAAACUAACACCAAACGGUGACAUCCAAACAAUGGGCCGUUAUGAUUUCAACGGCAAACUCUUGAUGAGUAUGACGGCGCAUCCUAAAAUAGACUCUGACACAAGUGAAUGUUUCGCUUUCCGUUAUGGUCCCAUUCGACCUUUUUUAACCUAUUUCCGUUUUGAUUCGAAUGGUGUUAAACAUAACGACGUUCCAGUAUUCUCCAUGAAAAGACCUUCGUUUCUUCAUGAUUUCGCCAUUACUAAAAAAUAUGCUGUGUUCGCUGAUAUACAGCUUGAAAUGAAUCCUCUUGGCAUGAUUUUCGGUGGUUCUCCGGUGAGAUCGGAUCCAUCUAAAGUUUCAAGGAUCGGAAUUCUACCUCGUUAUGCUAAUGACGAGUCCAAGAUGAAGUGGUUUGAUGUUCCAGGGUUUAAUAUUAUGCAUACGAUAAACGCAUGGGAUGAGGAAGAUGGGGGAACAGUGACAUUGGUAGCAACGAAUAUUUUGUCAGUGCAGCAUGUGAUGGAGAGAAUGGACCUUAUUCAUGCCAUGAUUGAGAAAGUGAGGAUUAAUGUCGAAACGGGGUUAGUAACAAGACAACCAUUAUCAGCAAGAAAUCUUGAUUUGGCAGUGAUAAACAAUGAUUUUUUGGGGAAGAAGAGUAGGUUUGUUUAUGCAGCGAUUGGGAAUCCAAUGCCAAAGUUUUCGGGGGUGGUGAAGAUUGAUGUGUUGAAAGGGGAGGAAGUUGGAUGUAGGUUGUAUGGAGAGGGUUGUUAUGGUGGUGAGCCGUUUUUCGUGGCGAUGGAAGGUGGUGAGGAAGAGGAUGAUGGUUAUUUAGUGAGUUAUGUGCAUGAUGAGAAGAAGGGAGAAUCUAAGUUUUUGGUGAUGGAUGCGAAGUCGCCAGAGUUUGAGAUUGUGGCGGAGGUGAAGUUGCCGAGGAGGGUGCCCUAUGGUUUUCAUGGAUUGUUUGUGAAGCAAAGUGACAUAACCAAGUUGUCGGUGUCGUAGGGAAGGCAUAGUUUGUCUUCUUUUUUUAUUAAAGGGCAUGGUUUGUCUUGUUCUAAGAUACAACUAUUGUUGUUUAUACGGUAAAGGGGAACAAUCAUUGAAACAAAUGGGGUUUAAACUUUGAAUAAAUAAUUUGUUGUUAGGGACGUUAAGGCUACAUUCCACUUAUAGUAAGGAGAGGAAAGUAGAGUAUUUGAUGUAUAUAUAUACAAUUAUGGUACUUAAGUGCUAUUCGA